AUGAGCUCCGCCACCUCUCUGACUCCCUCCAACAAAGCUUCGAUAUCACCUGCCACCACAAAUUACUCCCAGGCAUCUUCAGGUGGCGGCCUCGACCUCUCUCAGAAGCGAAGCAAUAGUUCCGGCAGCUACGGUCCUGGUCUGCAAGCACGUCAAGCCGCUCAGUCACGCAGUCAGCAAGUGUCGAAGAAGCCCAACAAGGCACAGAAGAGGGCAAAGAUCUUAGAUGAUGGUGCCGCGGAUGAGAUUGCUGCCAUGAGGUCAAUCAAUAGCCGCAAAGGUCAGACCUCGAUCACACAUCUCAUGAAUUUCUCUCUGCCACCAAGGCCUCAAUACCAGCCUCAGCAUCUCAACCACAGACCCCACCAGAGGUACAACAAGACUUGGGGCCUGGGAUCUGGUUAUCAUGCUGUCGAUAAAGCCAAAUACGUGCAUGCCAACUAUCGCUUCAUCGUAAGACCUGAUCGUGAGUAUCAUGCUCAGACCGUGGAUGCCGACGUCCACGUUGGAUGGGAUGCUGUCCUGCAAAUCCUUGCCUCGGCUGAUACCCAGUCCACCAAUUGCCCUAUCUGCCUCUCGGUUCCAGUCGCUCCUCGUAUGGCCAAAUGUGGCCAUAUCUGCUGCCUCCCAUGCCUAAUCCGCUAUAUGCACUCCACUGAUGACACGACCCCGAAUUCGGACAAGCGUGCGAGGUGGAAGAAAUGCCCAAUCUGCGAAGACAGUAUCUACACGUCGGAGGUUCGACCUGUCCGGUGGUUCUCGGGACAAGAAGCUAGCAUGCUAAGAGAAGGUGGCGAUGUUUUGCUUCGGUUGCUGAAACGCCAUCCAGGUUCUACCCUCGCACUGCCUAGAGAUGCAGCUGAUGGCUAUGGCCAGCACGAAGAUAUACCCUGGUUCCACAUUGCUGAGAUCAUGGACUAUGCUCGUUUCAUGAAGGCUGGUGAAGAAUACAUGAUUGAGCAAUAUGAUCAAGAGAUAUUGGCCCUAGAGGAACAAGAAAGAGAGGAUGAGCUGAUGUUCGGCGAUGAUACCACCUGGACCAGAAAAGCAAUUAGCACUAUUAAGGACGCCAAGCAAAGAAUCCAAGGUCUACCAAAUCCUCCCUCGGUCCAGCCUCAACCCAGUGACAAGGUAGAGAAAGUGCCGGAGUCGUGGGACGAGGAUCAGCUUACAAAUGGGAGCAGGUCUGAGCUCACCAAUAGCAUGGCUAGGCUAUCAUUUGGCGAAGGUCCAAGUCAGGGUCCGAGACCAAGAGCUCCGUUCUAUUUCUAUGGUGCUUUACCCAACUUCUACCUAUCGCCACUCGAUAUCAGGGUAUUAAAGGCUGCCUUUGGAGAUUUCGCAAAUUUCCCAUCAACCAUUCUGCCACGGGUAGAGCACAUUUCAACUGGACAUCUUGUCGACGACGAACUACGCAAACGUGCCAAGUAUAUGGGUCACCUGCCACAUGGUGCGGAGGUGAGUAUGCUGGAAUGUGACUGGACAGACAUCAUUAGUCCCAGCAUCUUGGAGCAGUUCAACGAGGACAUCGUUCGCAGACGUCGGCGAAAUCACGAAAAGGAAGCUCGUGAGGAAAGAGACAGGUUACGAGCUGAGAAGGAAGAAGAUGAUCGCCGAUGGGCUGCAACCAGACGCAAAAGACCUAGUAUUAAUGAGAGUUUGUCAGAGGCUGACUUUACGCCACUGCAAAAUAUGGCCGUCUCUCCGAGUAAUGGUGAGGGCCUUGCUCAGACGCCGCCUUGGAGCAAUCAGCGAGCACAAUCUGCUUUUGCUACAUUAGCUAGUCCUGGCACGAGUCCUGAAGGACCAAGAACUGUCUGGGGUACCGCAAUGAUCGGACCUAGCACUCCAGAUAUGCCAGUAACACGUCCACAGCAGUCAGCCGACGAUGGAUGGCUUCAGGAUUGGGAGCGGGAUUUACUUGAUGAGGUAGAUGCCGUAGCCCUUGUUGCAGCGAGCACAGGAGAAGGCAGUUCGAAGCACGUUGUGCCAAUCAGUAAGAAGAACAAGAAAAAGAAGAUUACGCUGAUGUCGACGAAUGUGCGACGAGGCGCAUAG